UACCUUGUUUACUAUUUUUGUUUGUUUACCCUUAAGAAUCGCUUUUUGCAAUUACGUAAAUACAAGUGUAAACAAUAAACAAAUGUUUAUUAACGCAAGGAAUUGGUAUAAAUAGCUGCUUAUGGUUCUCUUCUCCCUACCUUUUACUUGUUUCUUCACAAACGUAAAAAUCAUUUAGGGUUUCUAUUACUUUUCUGUAUAUUCAACAAAGAGGUUGUAUACAGUAACAAUAUUCUUCGCUGCAGUCUGUUCAUUGCAUAAGUGCGUAAUUGAAUUGACCUGCAGUAAUUAAUUUCUUUGCAAAAGAAUAUUUGUAAACUAUUCAAGGAUCUGUUCUUUCUUAUAACAUUACCCUUGUGAGGUCUCAAUACUUGUGAGCUUGAGCUUCCAUCUGUUGAGUUUAAAUAUUCUGUCUUGUGCUACGGGAGAGUUGUUCUUACUGACUCUCGAUCUUGUUUCAAAACAAGACUUUUUAUUCUACCAUUCUUGUGUGCUUAAGAAGUAAAAGCAGCUACUUGCCUUUAAGGUAUUGUAGCUGAUAUCAAUCUCCGAUUACCUAUAGGAGUUUGUGACAAUAUUGACUUUGCUUACUUUUACUGGUCUAAUCUAAUCUUGGUAAAAAAAUGUUUCGGAUUAUUAAAGCUUUAUGGUCAUUUAUUUUGAGCAUCUUCCGGGCUGUCUUCGGUCACAACAAAUCGAAGCAACGUGAUGUACAGCUUGAGGAAGGAAUUGUUUAUCAACAACCUCGAACUCACGUAUCUGCAUCAAGCACGACUUCGAAUUAUUCAUCACCGCUAUCCGAAGAGCUUAAAGCCUUGCCUUAUUCCACUUUGCGACUCCAAAAGGUUCCUAAUUACGGAAUACCAGCAGUUCAUCAAUGUCAGCAGCACUAUGCUUCCGCUGCUGCAUCCGUUCAUUAUUCUUUAACUUCAAAUGAGCGGUCAUCAACAUCUGCCUUACACCCCUAUGAGAUCAAGAAACCGCCUUCAGCAGUUAAAAGGGACAUCGUCGUUCAUCGUUCGUCAUCUUCAUUGCCUUAUGGGGAGCCAGCACCUGUUAGUCUUAGUACCAGCAAGGUACGUAUGGACCAUCAUGUAAUGUCAAUCAAUAACGUACGUGUGGAAUUGAGAAAUACGAAGGAAUCUCUAUCUUCAGAGUCAUCUUCCUCACAGUUAAGGUCUCCUCUAGAAGUGGAGGGAGCUCACAACCUUUCCUCCGUCUUGGCAGUUGAUUCUCAAAUGAGCAAUUCUACUCACUCACAAACGAAAAAUCUUCAAUGCAAUGAGCAAAAAGUUUGCGACAUGAAUUUUAUUUCGAGCAAAGCAUCAUACGAAAAAGAGAACCUCACGAAAGAAGAUUCUUCGUAUACGAGAGAUACUAUCAACGUCCGCAGCAACCGGAUGAAUGAAGAUGCUAAACUUUAUAUGUCCGACACUGUUGAGUCCAAUGACUUGAAUGAUAGAUUUAUUUCCAUGGAUGUCCAAAACAAGGGUCACUUUAAGGACAACAUGGGAAUCGAGUCACUUUCGUCGAACAGUGUACAUCUAACACUUGCAGAUUCAGUCGCUCAAUCUCCUGAGAACCCAUCACCGGCAACGCCGACUGCUCCAGAAGUGGUUCAACCUAUCCUUGUUCAUCCUUACUCUGCAAGUGUUGACUCACUCGAUCUUGUACCCGUCUCCUAUCAAGUUCCUUUUCCUUAUUCAAAGUGUUUGGACAUUGCGCCGGUACAAACACCCGUUGAAAAAGUUGAUGCCGCGUUUUCUACUUGGGAAAGAAAGCGCUACGCUUCCCGUCCGAUUUACCAUCCUUACGCUGACCAUUGCGAUGAACGAACACGCCAUUUUGAAGAGUUUUCCCAUCUAACUGACCUUUUAAUGAGGAUUGAUGAGUUUCCGGCGGAGCUUACUCGAGAUGUAUUCACCAAGGCUCUUGAAUUUUUCAACGCAAAUUCUAUUCUUCGCAUUUACCGAGACUGGCUAAAAAUGCACCGUGAAAGAAUGCUAGCAAAAGGCAGUUCUCAUCUAAAACUUCUACAUGCUUACCGGAAACAGCACCCUUUACCAAAGCCUACGGACUCUACAAGUAGGCGAUCAGUAUCGGGAAUUUAUAAACAUUCUCCAAUUAAGACCCGGAAAGUUGUUUCAUUUUCAGCUGAACAAUUUGACUGUAAACCCACCCCUUUGUUCCCAUCAAAUGAUGAUGAAGAAAUAUAUGAUUCAGAAACACUGGACAAGGAAACAGACGACCUUUAUAUUCCGCGAAGACGACUUGAUGUUUUUGAUGAAACACUUGCAUUUUUGGCCCUCGCUGCUGAAUUUCAAAAAGUGUCCGGUGAAGCAGUAUCUCUUGCUGACAAACCGGGUCUUGAUGAACUUAAAGAGUUCUGGUAUGAUGAACUUCCGUUUGUUACAGAGUCUCGGCCUGGAAGUUCACAAUCUUACAGGAAAAUUCAGAAGUUAAAAAAAGCACGCAAAGAUGAAAAGGAAACACUACGAGGAGAAUGCAAGCGGAUUAUUGAAGAAGACCGCAAAUUAAUGGAGUUAAAAAGCGUGUUUAAUCUUCGUGAACUCUUUACAAUUGCGGAAUUACUAUCGUUGAAUACACCCACUGAAAACGCAAGAGCAUAUUAUUAUAACAACUAUCUCACUCUUUGCCGAAGAAAACAAGCCGAUACUGAAUUUGAUGUUAACCGUCACUUUAAAAUUACCUUUGCCAAGCUUUACAAUAAUGGCAGCAUUUAUGAUGUCCCUUGUCGUGAGGAACGUCUACUGCACAAAGAAAAGUAUUAUUCUUCUUUUGCUUGCUCAAAUCUAUUCGUCCAGCGGAGCAUCGUUCAAACGAAAAACUGGAAACAGGCCUUAACAAUUGGAGUUGACCGUUUAAGACGCGGCCUUAGCAUUGAUAUUGAAGGAACUUGUGACAGAAUUCUUGAAAUCUUUCAAUUGGAAAAACCAAGGAAACCAACCCAGGAAGAAAAACAACAAUUUGAGGAGUUCAUGACCGGUCUGAACACACUUGAAGCGUUGGAGGGUGAAGAUUCCGCAUUCCUCUUUCAGUACUAUGGAACACAUUCCCGUGCAAGGCAACAUGCACGUGAGUUUAAGAAAUGGGAAUUAUAUUAUGCCGCUGAAGAAUUACAAUCAAGCUACAUGAUUCGAUUUGCAAUUAUGUUAGGAACAAGAUUACCAAUCGUCAACUAUUGGACUCGCUACUGGAGCAAUCUUCUAAUCUCUUUCUUUGAACUACAAAGUUCAAUACUUCUUGCCGCUGGCAUGCCAAGCAAAAGUCUUCUGUUUUGUCGUGAUGUAGCUGUCCGUGCUAUUCCUGGAACUGGCGUUUAUGGACUACAAGCCGACCAAACCUGUCCUACGUUUACGGAAUGGUUUUUAAAAUCUGCUUCUGACGUUGCUGAUGAUCUCACGAGGGUUCAGGCGAAUUUCGCAAAGUCUGCCGAUAUUGACUUGGAAAAAUACGAGCCACUCCCCGAGUACGCAUUUCCUUUGCUGUUGGAGCUGAGAUUGAUUCGCAGUCUUCGUCAUAUGUCCUACGACUCAUUGUCUUUUCUAUCUGAUGAUGAAGUAUUAAUUUACGAGCAAUUUCCUCGUAAACUUCAAAUUCUUUUUCCAGCACAAAAACUAUUGGACUCAGACGUGCUAGAAUGUGUAAAAGAGACACUUCAACAACGGAAAGAACUGCCAUGGGACAAACCUAUAAUAUACACGAGCUUCUAUAGAGCGCUGGACAAAAUUUACAACAAUACCCUAAAACUUCUCAAGGAAUCGGAGGGAAAGUUUUAACUGGAUCGCGAUAAUUUUUUCUUGUGAUUAUUUUUGGAAAACCGAAACAUUGUGAGCUAUUGGGAAACCUGUCAUUUUUCCUUCCUUUGAGAGGCAAUUUUAAUAAACAAAGAGAUAAUUGUUAUCGCCUUCAUUACUACAUUAGAACCGCUUUGUGAUGAGUUUAUGAGUUAUUAUAAUCUGCAAAAAAAAUAGAAUAGUUACGUGAGUAAAUCAUGAAUGUGCAGAGCAACUUCAUUCGUCAUUCGGUCGACAUGUAAUACCGGUGAAAUAACAUUGUCUCUACGUCGGUGGUGAUAGCUGAAGCGACCCACUAGAACGCUUUCUUUUAGUGAUAUCGCUUGCUUUGGAGUGUACAGAGGAAACAGUGAACAUCAAAUUCGCAAUGGGAACAUCAGGUGAGAGUGAGAACUUAUAAGAGACCAAGUAAACUACUCAUUAUAAAUCUUGAUAGCUCCAAAUUCUGGCCCGAAGAUCACCGCUUCCGGUGGCAAAACAAUUUCCAGUCGGACUCAUUGCAACUGAGAUAACAGAAUUGUUAUGUCCUUGUAACGUGGCUUGAGAUUGGAAACCAUUUGGAUUCCAAAAUUGAACAGUCCUAUCCUUAGAACCACUAACGAUCCAUUUACCGUCAGGAGAAAGAGCAACACUAAGAAUGUAAUUUUUAUGUCCUGUAAAUGUUUUUUUACAGAUUCCUCCAGGCUUGAUUGCAUUUGUAGGUACACCAGCAGCUGAUUGUAGUUCCCAGAGUUUUAUAGUGUUAUCAAGACUGCCACUGGCGAGAGUAAGACCGUCUGGCGAAAAAGCAACGCUGUAGACACUUUCUUGGUGACCUACAAGUUGCUCAAGAAGCGUUCCGUUAAUAGACCAUAUCCGGAUAACUUUGUCGAGGGAACCAGCAGCAAUGUACUGAGAAUCAGGAGAAAAGGCUACAGUGGUUAUCCCAUCAUCCGUAUGUAAGACCAGCUUUCGUUGUCCGGUUUCAACGCUCCAAAGAUAAACAGUACGGUCUCCACUUCCGGAUACCAAAUACUUCCCAUCACGGCUAUAAUCCAAAGAGUAGAUUUCCUGUUCAUGACCAGAGAGUAGUCUGUGAACGCGUUUUUGAGCGAUGUCCCAGAUGCGAAUUUGGCGAUCUUCAACACCAGUAGCAAGGUACUUUCCAUCAGCACUGAAGGCCACGCUUCUGACGUACAAAUCACCUUCUUUUUCGGAUGACUCUUCUUGUAGAUGAGUCAAGAGUUGUCCUGUUUCCACGCUGAACACAAGUGCAGCACGGUUACAACCGGUAGCAAGAAGCUUACCAUCAUGGCUGAACUUAACACAACAAAUUACACUGGUAUGCUCUAACGUAUGCAAUAAAUUUAUCGCAAUGGAAGGAGUCACGCCCUGGGCGUACGUAACAGACCAGUCUGUUUCUUCCUUUUUUACAACAGCAUUCUGCUCAGCAGAACCGUUAUUCAACGACGUUUCUUGGCCUGGUUGAGAGAGAGAAGGAGUAGAGGAUUUUGUAGUGUUUUCGGAACCAGCAGCAUUAUUAACAUAUGCCGAGGAAGAACCCAUGGGUAUUUGAGAUUCCG